CAAACAGCUGUGGGUCUAUCGAAAAUGGAGCAUGUGAAAAGCGAAACUAAAGAGCUGGUACACAAGCUCGUGCGCCUGAGCAUAACCGAAAAUGAGGAGGAAAUCUCGGCAUUACUCAAGAACCUACGACUUUUGCUCACAAAAGGCAGGGAAAACCAAGAGACUUUGGCUGAAAGUGCGGAGUUUUCCAGCUUUUUAAAUGCUGUGGCUUUCAGUCCAGUGAUGCGCACGGAGCAUCGGCUUAUACACAAUCUAUCUCUGCAGGUGCUAGCCAAUAGUGUGGUUAACAAUGAGACCACCCAAGCACUUAUCUGGAGUCAGCAUGGCUUGAAGAUCGCCGAACAAGCUUACGCUUCUCCCUUGGGAAGUUCGAAUAAUGUGCUCCUCAUGAUCAUGUACAACAUAUAUAUCAGUGGUCAUGGUCUUAUCACCGACUUGGUGGCACUUAAAACUUGUCUGCAACUGUGGCGAGCUCUAAACGAAGCCCAGUGCACCUAUAACUUCGAGUAUCUACACUUCUUCCUGGAGCACUUCAUUGUCCAGAAUGGACGAGCCUGCGUAGCUUGUUACCAAAAGCUGGAGACUGAAGAUCGUGUUGCUUUCCUCGACUACGUGGCCCACUAUCUGAGGGAAAACAGUCCCAAUGGUGAUGUUACGCUGUUUUUACUGCAGCACUUUGCUAAAGAAUUCCGCAUGAAAUCCGAUUGCCUCCUGCGUGAAACGAUAAAGCUUAAGCAUGAGCUUCAUCCACGUGAAGUUCACACCUUACUGCGCAUCAUCGCAAGUGCAAGCGGCUCAGAGAAGUAUGCUAAUGUAUAUCCCAACGACCAAUCGCUGUUCAUCAACGUGAGCAGCCUGCUGAGAUGCAUUGUGUCUGCUGGCAAGGAACCGGAUGGAGGCGGCCUUGAUAAGCCCAUGACGAAGCUGGAAGAGGUGGCACUCACUUCGGACAUUGAUGCGGGCUACGAAAAAAAGGUGUCCUAUGAACUCAAAACGUUACUCGUACGCUGCUCCGCCAAUCUUCUGUAUGACAACAAGGCCAACAAGGGAUACUGCCUGGACACACAGCUGCUGCCCACGCUUCUUGAAUGCACAACGAUGGAUGCUCGAAACCCAUUGAUGCGGGAGUGGAGCAUCUUGGCCAUCCGAAACGCCUGCAUCAACUGUCCGGAGGCGCAACAGGUGAUCGCUGGCCUGACUAUGCAGGGCUCCGCGCCCAACGACAUCCUCACCGAACUCAACCUGGACAUGGGAGCGCUACGCAUCUCUGACAGGCAGUAAUAGUUUCGAUGACCUAGCAUACAGCAUACGUCUACCCAUGAGAAAUUGGCAAACGAGCCAUGACCACUGGCUGGCCAACAAGUGGUUAGAUGUUAUUCACACCACGUCAUGCUCCUCGCAGUCGUUGCCCCCCUUUUCGGGCUUUACGAUGCGCUAAUGGCAUGCCAACAGAUAGCCAAAGGCAUUCAUAAAAGCGAUGUCAACGUUUAAUGGAACGUGCGCUGUUCCAUGUGCGUGUGGAUUGCCCCUUGCCAACGUCCAGAGAGCCAUAGGAGUGGAGCGUGAUCCGGAAACAGCGACGACACAAUCAGGAUGAAGCGCGACGUGUCCACGUCGACCAUCGGCCGGGAUGAGGCCCGACGUCCGCUGAUGGAGGCCUACAUGUUCCAGCGGCGUGUGCUGCUCGGCUGCAGUCUGCUCAUGGUGGUUUCGCUGCUAAUCUGGAUAGUGGCCAUCUCGACCGAUCACUGGAUCAUCAUAUCCGGCGGAAAGGGCAUUUUUAUACCCGAAUCUCGACGCUUCUUCAUGUCCUCGCACUCGGGAUUGUGGCGCCAUUGCCGGAACACGAUAGUGCCCAAUGCCAUGAGCAAUGCCCAGGUGGUGCGCAACUUUAGCUCCAUGUCGUACACAUCGCAGACGAACAUCAACGAGGCGAAGCGAAAUCUCUCGCAAAUGGACUUCAUCAAGGAGUUCGCGCACGAGAAGCUGGAAACGUCGGACAACUUUACGGAAUCGGCGCGUCGCCACAUGUUUGCCCAUUGGGUACGGGGCGAGGAUAUGGAGUUUCAGACGCUGCGCCAUGCCUUUCGCACCCUGGUGAUGAACACCGAGGAGAAUCAGCGGCAGUUUAAUGCCACGGCCAUUAAGCCCAUACCCAUCAAUCCGCUGGAUGUGCAGGGAAUCAUUGAGAGAAAUACUUUUGGUUCGGCGCUGCAGCGAGUUAAGUACAACAACACUUGGUCCUACUACGUGAUCCCGGAGGUGGCGCAGUUAGCCAUCUUCAGGAACUGGACGGAUUACCCCCUGGUGGUACGACUGCUGGGCACCUACAUCCGGGAUAUCAGCAUCCCGGCCUACGUGCUUAACGAUGAACGGGUGAUACUUAUCCUAGUGCCACCGCUGCCGCCCAAGAAGGGUCAGCCCGCCUACUACAGCUAUAUACCGAACCAGCGCUGUAAGUACAUCGACAUGUUCCCCAACUCCAAUGCUCUGCGAAAUGAGCCCGGUUUCGAUGACGAACUAUUGGUCGCUUGGUACUCCCUUUCAGACUAUAUCCGGACGCAGGCGUCCUUUGCCUGCAUAACACUGUUCGUGAUGAGCUUGGGUGCCGUCUUCUCCUUCUACACGUUCAUGAAUCCGCGCUACAUGUUCAAGCGUCUGGCGGGUGGCAUCCACUUGGUGGCUGCCUCCACGGCGCUGGUGGUUCUCCAGGUGCUCUUCUCCUCGAUUGACUACACCAAAGAGCAUCUGUUCUAUGCGUAUCCUGAAGGGGCGCAACUAACUUAUGGCUACGGCGUUUAUUUGGCCUGGUUCACGUUCGUGGACAAUAUCCUGUGCGGUGUUAUGUUCCUCUGGUAUUCUGGCAAGAAGAAGGGUGCCAAGGCGCCCAACGACGAGGUGGCCAUGGCCGACGAGCCGACCAUCAUGGGCAGAUAACUGGUAACCGGAUAUCUUUUUGAUGGUAUUACCUAAUGCCCAUACUGCGACCAAAGACCAAAGCAAUUGGCUAACUAUCCGCCAUUGCUUAUCAUUUCACUUUUGUUAUUUGUUGUUUUCAUAAUGGCUGUAUUUAAAAUGUUCGCUUUAUAACUUUAAGAAUCUCAAUGCAAUAAAGGAAUUGUUUUCAGUCAGU